GCCAGGACACCAACACCGGUGCUGGGGCCGCGCCGCUCCUCCGCUCCGGAUGUGGAGCAGCAGAAUGUUCACCAGCACCCGGACGUGGUGGUCGGAUUUUUCUCACUACCCUCUGCCUCACCUGAGCUCUCGGUGAUGCCUAAGAAGUGAAAGAGCAGCAGUUUCAAAAGACACGUCCACCCCAGCUUUCGCCUUGCAGUAGCCGCCGGCGGCCGCAAACAGGCCGUCACAUCCGCCUCUUUAUUGGCUGCGAACCUCGCGCGAUAUCACCUUGGAGGCCAGAGGAAGGGGCGGGCGGUCGGGUGGCGAACAGUUCUGCGCGUGCGCCUUCCGCCCGGCAGCCCGGAACCCAAGGUGUCCAACCCUCGCUUUCCUCCGGGUACACGGCCGAACUGGAAGGCCGCAAAGCAUGGUGGGAGUUGCAGUUUCUUAGUGCGCAGGCUGGCGUGGCCGGACUUUCUCAGGAGCGUGCUUCAGUAUUCAAGGUCCAGUGCGCCAGACUGGAAAUGAGAGAGCUGUGCUCUCGCUCAGCCGUGACGCUUGAACUGCGUUUCCAUUCUGUUAGUGUUGAAUGAACAUUUUUUUUGUUGUUGUUGUUUUCUUUGUUUUCUUUUGUUAACAUUUUUCCUAAAGUCGAGGCAUAAACAUAUACAGCACAAUUAACUUUUGCAUAGUUAAAACCCAAAAUAUCACCGGCCAGAUCCAGAUAUAGAACAUUUUCCACCACCCCUGUAGGUUCCCUCUUGACUUUUCUAAAUACAGGAAUUUUUAGAACUCGCCCUCGCUUUGAGGGUGAAGACGAAGACCUAUGUUAGGGAAUUGAUCGGCUGUGUUCUGUUGUAUGUUUUAUCCAGUGACUGUACAUAAUGCAUAAUGCACGGAUGUUACUGAGAGGUCCCUAUUUUGUCCUGGAUUUAUCUCUCUCGCACAUCCCAGAGGACUCAUUAUUGGUUCGUUGUGGUUCUUUACUGAACUUCGUGCGGCUGAGAAUACAAAGAUAUAAAGGGAAGCCCAAAGCCCACUCCUGAACCGAAGGGUGCGUUUCCGGUUGGGAGAGGGGUGCGGUGGGGAAAUUGACAGCUUCAUCGUCCAUCUCCGGGUUCUAGAACGUGGAAAACCCGGGGGCGUCGGCUCGUGGCGGACGCUUGAGGGCAGGGGGCGCUCGGGCUCCUGCCUGGCCGGCUGGUCAACCGGAGACGCUCUACCCGAAGCGCAGCUCUCGAUGAGCCGCGCCCUGCGUCCUCACGCCGAGGCGGCGGGACGAUGCGCUUGCGCACUGAGAACUCAUACCAUAUGUACGCUGUUCCAGUGCGCGGGUCUGUGGAGAGCCGGGUGCGAGCGGCGGCAGCACGGGGGAAAAGGAGCUGAGCGGAGACCAAAGUCAGCCGGGAGACAGUGGGUCUGUGAGAGACCGAAUAGAGGGGCUGGGGCCACGAGCGCCAUUGACAAGCAAUGGGGAAGAAACAGAAAAACAAGAGCGAAGACAGCACCAAGGAUGACAUUGAUCUUGAUGCCUUGGCUGCAGAAAUAGAAGGAGCUGGUGCUGCCAAAGAACAGGAGCCUCAAAAGUCAAAAGGGAAAAAGAAAAAAGAGAAAAAAAAGCAGGACUUUGAUGAAGAUGAUAUCCUGAAAGAACUGGAAGAAUUGUCUUUGGAAGCUCAAGGCAUCAAAGCUGACAGAGAAACUGUUGCAGUGAAGCCAACAGAAAACAAUGAAGAGGAAUUCACCUCAAAAGAUAAAAAAAAGAAAGGACAGAAGGGCAAAAAACAGAGCUUUGAUGAUAAUGAUAGCGAAGAAUUGGAAGAUAAAGAUUCAAAAUCAAAAAAGACUGCAAAACCGAAAGUGGAAAUGUACUCUGGGAGUGAUGAUGAUGAUGAUUUUAACAAACUUCCUAAAAAAGCUAAAGGGAAAGCUCAAAAAUCAAAUAAGAAGUGGGAUGGGUCAGAGGAGGAUGAGGAUAACAGUAAAAAAAUUAAAGAGCGUUCAAGAGUAAAUUCUUCUGGUGAAAGUGGCGAUGAAUCAGAUGAAUUUUUGCAAUCUAGAAAAGGACAGAAAAAAAAUCAGAAAAACAAGCCAGGUCCUAACAUAGAAAGUGGGAAUGAAGAUGAUGACUCUUCCUUCAAAAUUAAGACAGUGGCCCAAAAGAAGGCAGAAAAGAAGGAGCGUGAGAGAAAAAAGCGAGAUGAAGAAAAAGCGAAACUGCGGAAGCUGAAAGAAAAAGAAGAGUUAGAAACAGGUAAAAAGGAUCAGAGUAAACAAAAGGAAUCUCAAAGGAAAUCUGAAGAAGAAACUGUAAAAUCCAAAGUGACUCUUGAUACUGGAGUAAUUCCUGCCUCUGAAGAGAAAGCAGAGACUCCCACAGCUGCAGAAGAUGACAAUGAAGGAGACAAAAAGAAGAAAGAUAAGAAGAAAAAGAAAGGAGAAAAGGAAGAAAAAGAGAAAGAGAAGAAAAAAGGACCUAGCAAAGCCACUGUUAAAGCUAUGCAAGAAGCUCUGGCUAAGCUUAAAGAGGAAGAAGAAAGACAGAAGAGAGAAGAGGAAGAACGUAUAAAACGGCUUGAAGAAUUAGAAGCCAAGCGUAAAGAAGAGGAACGAUUGGAACAAGAAAAAAGAGAAAGGAAAAAGCAAAAAGAAAAAGAAAGAAAAGAACGCUUGAAAAAAGAAGGGAAACUUUUAACUAAAUCCCAGAGAGAAGCCAGAGCCAGAGCCGAAGCUACUCUUAAACUCCUACAAGCUCAGGGUGUUGAAGUGCCAUCAAAAGACUCUUUGCCAAAGAAGAGGCCAAUUUAUGAAGAUAAAAAGAGGAAAAAAAUACCACAGCAGCUGGAAAGUAAAGAAGUGUCUGAAUCAAUGGAAUUAUGUGCUGCUGUAGAAGUUAUGGAACAAGGAGUACCAGAAAAGGAAGAGACACCACCUCCUGUUGAACCAGAAGAAGAAGAAGAUACUGAGGAUGCUGGAUUGGAUGAUUGGGAAGCUAUGGCCAGUGAUGAGGAGACAGAAAAAGUAGAAGGAAACACAGUUCAUAUAGAAGUAAAAGAAAACCCUGAAGAGGAGGAGGAGGAGGAAGAAGAGGAAGAGGAAGAUGAAGAAAGUGAAGAAGAGGAGGAAGAGGAGGGAGAAAGUGAAGGCAGUGAAGGUGAUGAGGAAGAUGAAAAGGUGUCAGAUGAGAAGGAUUCAGGGAAGACAUUAGAUAAAAAGCCAAGUAAAGAAAUGAGCUCAGAUUCUGAAUAUGACUCUGAUGACGAUCGGACUAAAGAAGAAAGGGCUUAUGACAAAGCAAAACGGAGGAUUGAGAAACGGCGACUUGAACAUAGUAAAAAUGUAAAUACAGAAAAGCUAAGAGCCCCUAUUAUCUGCGUACUUGGGCAUGUGGACACAGGGAAGACAAAAAUUCUAGAUAAGCUCCGUCACACACAUGUACAAGAUGGUGAAGCAGGUGGUAUCACACAACAAAUUGGGGCCACCAAUGUUCCUCUUGAAGCUAUUAAUGAACAGACUAAGAUGAUUAAAAAUUUUGAUAGAGAGAAUGUACGGAUUCCAGGAAUGCUAAUUAUUGAUACUCCUGGGCAUGAAUCUUUCAGUAAUCUGAGAAAUAGAGGAAGCUCUCUUUGUGACAUUGCCAUUUUAGUUGUUGAUAUUAUGCAUGGUUUGGAGCCCCAGACAAUUGAGUCUAUCAACCUUCUCAAAUCUAAAAAAUGUCCCUUCAUUGUUGCACUCAAUAAGAUUGAUAGGUUAUAUGAUUGGAAAAAGAGUCCUGACUCUGAUGUGGCUGCUACUUUAAAGAAGCAGAAAAAGAAUACAAAAGAUGAAUUUGAGGAGCGAGCAAAGGCUAUUAUUGUAGAAUUUGCACAGCAGGGUUUGAAUGCUGCUUUGUUUUAUGAGAAUAAAGAUCCCCGCACUUUUGUGUCUUUGGUACCUACCUCUGCACAUACUGGUGAUGGCAUGGGAAGUCUGAUCUACCUUCUUGUCGAGUUAACUCAGACCAUGUUGAGCAAGAGACUUGCACACUGUGAAGAGCUGAGAGCACAGGUGAUGGAGGUUAAAGCUCUCCCGGGGAUGGGCACCACUAUAGAUGUCAUCUUGAUCAAUGGGCGUUUGAAGGAAGGAGAUACAAUCAUUGUUCCUGGAGUAGAAGGGCCCAUUGUAACUCAGAUUCGAGGCCUCCUGUUACCUCCUCCUAUGAAGGAAUUACGAGUGAAGAACCAGUAUGAAAAGCAUAAAGAAGUAGAAGCAGCUCAGGGGGUAAAGAUUCUUGGAAAAGACCUGGAGAAAACAUUGGCUGGUUUACCCCUCCUCGUGGCUUAUAAAGAAGAUGAAAUCCCUGUUCUUAAAGAUGAAUUGAUCCAUGAGUUAAAGCAGACACUAAAUGCUAUCAAAUUAGAAGAAAAAGGAGUCUAUGUCCAGGCAUCUACACUGGGUUCUUUGGAAGCUCUACUGGAAUUUCUGAAAACAUCAGAAGUGCCCUAUGCAGGAAUUAACAUUGGCCCAGUGCAUAAAAAAGAUGUUAUGAAGGCUUCAGUGAUGUUGGAACAUGACCCUCAGUAUGCAGUAAUUUUGGCCUUCGAUGUGAGAAUUGAACGAGAUGCACAAGAAAUGGCUGAUAGUUUAGGAGUUAGAAUUUUUAGUGCAGAAAUUAUUUAUCAUUUAUUUGAUGCCUUUACAAAAUAUAGACAAGACUACAAGAAACAGAAACAAGAAGAAUUUAAGCACAUAGCAGUAUUUCCCUGCAAGAUGAAAAUCCUCCCUCAGUACAUUUUUAAUUCUCGAGAUCCGAUAGUGAUGGGGGUGACGGUGGAAGCAGGUCAGGUGAAACAGGGGACACCCAUGUGUGUCCCAAGCAAAAAUUUUGUUGACAUCGGAAUAGUAACAAGUAUUGAAAUAAAUCAUAAACAAGUGGAUGUUGCAAAAAAAGGACAAGAAGUCUGUGUAAAAAUAGAACCUAUCCCUGGUGAGUCGCCCAAAAUGUUUGGAAGACAUUUUGAAGCUACAGACAUUCUUGUUAGUAAGAUCAGCCGGCAGUCCAUUGAUGCACUCAAAGACUGGUUCAGAGACGAAAUGCAGAAGAGUGACUGGCAGCUUAUUGUGGAGCUGAAGAAAGUAUUUGAAAUCAUCUAAUUUUUUCACAUGGAGCAGGAACUGGAGUAAAUGCAAUACUGUGUUGUAAUAUCCCAACAAAAAUCAGACAAAAAAUGGAACAGACGUAUCUGGACAAUGAUGGACUUAAGUAUGGAAGGAAGAAAAAUAGGUGUAUAAAAUGUUUUCCAUGAGAAACCAAGAAACUUACACUGGUUUGACAGUGGUCAAUUACAUGUCCCCACAGUUCCAAUGUGCCUGUUCACUCACCUCUCCCUUCCCCAACCCUUCUCUACUUGGCUGCUGUUUUAAAGUUUGCCCUUCCCCAAAUUUGGAUUUUUAUUACAGAUCUAAAGCUCUUUCGAUUUUAUACUGAUUAAAUCAGUACUGCAGUAUUUGAUUAACCAA